AUGAAUGCAUUUGCUUGCCCUCAAUGUCCAAAAAUAUUCGCCACUAGAUCAAAUUUAAAACGUCAUAUGGAAAAUCCUAAUAUCCACAAUAUACCUUAUGCACGAAGCAGAGAUCAGAAACGAUGGAAAGGGCAUGCCAAAAAAGUAUCUUCCAAAGCAGAGACGACAGAAAGAAUGCGCAAGUGGAGAGCAGAAAAUAAAGACAAAAACAAAAGAAAUGAUCUGCGUUGCAGAGUGUACAGACUCGCAAGGCAGAGGUUUGGAGAGAAUGACUCGGAAGAAAAGCAGCAGUUCAUUCGCGACGAAAUCAACAGACGGCUGGGUCGACGCAUGCUAUUAGAACAAAAAAAUAACGAAAACAACAGCACCACCAAGCUUAUGUACAGCAGCAAUGUCAGCAUCAUCAAACAAGAGUCGAUCCAUCUGACAGGCACGAAAGAGCUCAACGAAUUGCCUUUCUAUUGCGCGCCUUUGCACAAGAUAGAAUUACCUACUAUCGACAUGAAGGAUAGA